UCUGGAAGCUUUAUAAGAUGAUUAAAUUACUCGACAGCUACAAACGGCUUUUGCAAAUAUAUACAUUGUCCUCAAAUAUUAUUAUAGGCACACCACGUUUGCCUAGCAGAUUUGGACCUUCACAUCAAAAUCGACAUGAAAUCCGCUUCAAGACUUCAGGUGCUGGUGAACGAGCUCUGCAGGAGAGACAGAGGCAGCACAUGGCACGAGGUUUGCCCAAACAGAAGCCCAUAGCUGGAGUCAAAGAGGUCAUUGUUGUUGCAUCGGGGAAAGGAGGGGUGGGAAAGUCCACAACAGCAGUGAAUCUUGCUCUUGGACUUAUGGCUAAUGAUCAGAGUAAAUCGGUGGGUCUUCUAGAUGCUGAUGUCUAUGGCCCCUCCAUUCCAAAGUUAAUGAACCUAAAAGGAAACCCUGAAUUAACAGACAAGAACUUAAUGAGACCACUUGUGAAUUUUGGAAUUCCUUGGUAAGUGCAUG